AAAAGUCCAAACUGCGUUGGCGCGCCAGCAUUGCUCGCAUCCAGCUGCAAGUAGCGGAAGUACGAGUUGCUGCUCUAGAAUUCGCCCCGAGGCUUGUUUGCCAGGUUAUGGCCAAGGCACAGCGCUAAAUGUGUUAAAGAGAAAAAAAACGCUUCCAAACGAACGAUGAAGAAGGAUAUUAACUUGAGUCUGAGCGACGCAGACAUGAAGCCUCACAUUCGCGAUGUUGACGGCAUCCUGUGCUCUUCGGACUUGGGGAUGCUCAAACUGUCCUCGCCGGACCUGGAGCGGCUUAUCGUCCAGUCCAACGGGUUGGUCACCACCACUACCACCACCACGUCGAGCAGCUCCCACUUCCUUUUCCCGAAGCCUGUCACGGACGAGCAGGAGUUCGCCGAGGGCUUCGUCAAGGCGUUGGAGGACCUGCACAAACAGAACCUGAGACCGGAGAACGGGACUUUGGAUCUGGGUGCCACCAUCAAUAUCGUCCCGGUUACGACGCAACUGGAGCUGCCGGUGUACACGAACCUCAACAGCUACGGCAGCGGGCCUUUGGGGACCACCGUCAACUACUCCACGGACACUGUGUCUUUUCCGCCCCCCACCCUGCAGCCGCCUCACCAUUUCAGCGGUGCGCCUUCGGCGGAGCUCUCCAGCCGAGUGCAACCGCCCAAGGAGGAGCCCCAAACGGUGCCGGAUGUGCAGAGCUUCGGGGACAGCCCACCGCUAUCUCCCGUCGACAUGGAGUCGCAAGAGCGGAUCAAGGCCGACAAGAAGAGGCUCCGGAAUCGGAUUGCUGCUUCCAAGUGUCGCAGACGCAAGCUGGAGCGCAUCUCCAGGCUGGAGGACAAGGUGACGACGUUGAAGAACCAAAACACCGACUUGGCUUCGACGGCCAACGUCCUCAGAGAUCAGGUGGCCCAGCUCAAGGAGAAAGUCCUCACACAUGUGAACAGUGGCUGUCAGCUGCUACCACACGAGGUCCAAGUGCACUAGAGCUGCACCGCAACAUCGAUGCAUUUGUGGCCAAUCAUAUUUGGACCCUAUUUGUUGAGAUUUGAAGGUCCCCAUUCCCUUGGCGAAGUAUCAAUCACCGCUCAAGACAGGAAGGACCUCCGAAGGACCCUUGUUUCAUAAACACUCAUAAAUUGACAGUGUUGUCUCUGGACUUCAAAUAUCACAAGGCAGCUCUUAUUAAUCAAAUGUGGAUUUUUAAAAUAAGACACUUAUCAAAUAUCCGGUCAGACCUCUCGUAUUGCUCUGUGCACUUGGGAGAUUGGCUUUGCCGAUGUUCAGCACCAACGCAAUCUUCUCAAAUAAUCAACUGGAAAGCAUUACAGUUGUCCAAGGUGCCCAUACUGAAGUGUGUUUGUGUGCAUGUUGUUGACAAACUGGAAUGUAACCAAAUGUUGAGUGUCACAUUGUGCAAUUAAUUAGCUGUGUCAUGCAGUUUUCAAGUUUUCUAUUUUGGGAUCUCAUCGCAACCUUGUUAAUACUGUAUGGUGAAAUAAAUUAUGCUCUAUUAAAUACUGUAUGUUUCAUUUUGUAAACAGUAAUAAUUAGCUUGGCCCUACUACUGACGUCACAACCCUACGCUUUCCUCUGCUGCCAUCUGCUGGUCGACUUUUACAUUUUAUUCAUGCCAUUAUAUAAUAAGAGCCAUUAUUCCAUUUUCUAUAGCGUUUGAUGUCUACAAAAAUACAACAGCACACUUUGAGUUAGUAAUGCUUUUAUUGUUUUACCACAAAGUACAGAUAAAAACACGACAGCAUAUUCUUGAAUUUUACUGGCCCAAAUUGAAGGGAGGUGGGUGGGUGGUUGGGUCGAAGAGGCAGUGAGACAAAACUUCUAAACCUUGUCGAGCUGGAUGGCAAUUUAUAUAUUUUUUAAGUUACUGUAUUGCUUUGUAACUGAAACAUUCAUUCACAAGAAAGCCUGGUGAUAUGAAUGCAGACAAACUGUAACAUGGCUCUUUUGUUGUUACCAGCAUGUUUUUUUCCUCCCCUAUUAUUUUUUUUUGCAAGCCUGAGUCCAUCGAACACAACCAACAUAUAAGAGUCAAAGGUACACUUUUUUUUUUUUUUUACACUUGUGUUUCUUUUUUUAAGAGAGGAAGACAUGAGAUGGGGUUAAGGGUCAUAUUUUAAACAGUCACCACCAAAAGGACACAAUUAGUCUCCUUGGUUCGCCUUAAUUAUUAAAAUAAAAAAUCUUCACUCGCUCUCUGAUUGAAACAUUGUUUGACAUAAGAAAAAAUGCAUACCUAAAAAAAAAAAAGAUAGAAUUGGUUGGUGAUAAAUUGGUUGGUGAUUUUUGCAACAUCUCCGCAAAGCUGCAUGAGAAUAAACUGACCGGGAUACGAGGGAGGGAGUCAAUCGCACACAAACCAUCCAAACAAACUUCACAAUAAAGACCUGAUAGAUGUAUAUAAUACUACCUUCAUAUAACUUAUCUUUUGCAAUUAACUUCCAGAAAUGCAUACCUGGAUAUAUAUAUAUAAUAUAUUGCACAAUAUUCAUAUAUAAACAUCUGAAAUAAAUACAAUUAAAAUGCAAUUUUGUCUCCUUUGUCUAUGUCUUGUUCUUCAUUCACCCAGUGCUUGAUGCAGCAAAAUAAAAGCAACACCACAAUACAAACAAAAGUUGCAGAAAUGUAAAAAAAAAA